UUCUUUGGAUUCGACAAUUCUGCGAGCCACUCGGCCAAUCCAUCAUGGCCAUGGCUGCCACCGCUGCUACCUCUACUACCACUUCAUCUUCAGCUCGUUUCCAUGACCGAAUCACUAAUUUCUUCUCCUUAGAACAACCAGCCAUCACCAUCACAGUUGCAUCGAGCAAGAUAUCGCAAAUUUUAAAAAUCAAGACCAGGAACCCACUUUUACCUCUUCUCCCCCUAAUCUCUCAUUCUCACGCUCACUUCUGUUACGCUUCAGCUGCCUUCGACAACGAAGUCUCUGAGGAUGAUGUAGAAGAAGAAGAAGAAGAAGAAGAAGACGAAACAACGGAAAUAGAAGAAGAUGAGCUGCAGGAAUCAUCAGCUAUUGAAGAGAGGAGACUAUAUGUUGGGAACCUACCUUUCGCUAUGACUUCUUCCCAACUGGCGGAAAUCUUCAACGAGGCUGGCGGAGUUCAUUCCGUAGAGAUUAUUUAUGAUCGAGUGACGGACAGGAGCAGGGGUUUCGCAUUUGUGACGAUGCGCAGCGGUCGAGAGGCCAAAGAGGCCAUCAGUAUGUUUGACGGAGCUCAAGUAGGAGGGAGAACUGUGAGGGUGAACUUCCCAGAAGUGCCAAGGGGAGGUGAGAGGGAGGUGAUGGGACCGAAAAUCCGCAGUAGUUACAAGAGCUUCAUUGAGACUCCUCACAAGAUAUAUGCUGGCAACCUUGACUGGGCCCUCACUUCCCAGGGCUUGGGAGAUGUGUUUGCUGAUCAGCCUGGACUAAUGAGUGCCAAGGUCAUCUAUAAUCGAGAAACCGGCAGAUCAAAGGGUUUUGGAUUUGUCUCGUUUGCAUCUGCUGAGGAGGCACAGUCUGCCCUGGAUGCCAUGAAUGGAGUGGAGGUUGAAGGGCGACCCAUUCGACUGAGUCUAGCUGUAGGAAGAACUACUCCUGCUUCUCCAUUUGCGGAAGGUACAGAAACAGAUCUCCGUGGCAGUGAAAUGCAAUCUAGCGUCAGUGCGUAUUGAAUUGAAUAUAGCAGCAAGGGAGUGAGAGGCGGCAAUGUGGCACAAAUAAAUUGCCCAUCUUAGCUCAUUGUCUUCCUUCUGCUCCUCCAGCUGCAUUUGUCUUGAAACCUUGUGAAAUCAGUGUUUGCAGAUAGAAAGCAACAAGUAAGUUUGAUGAAGUAGACAUUGUUGUUCGUAGUUCUCUGUAGUGAGAUGAGUUGUUUGAUAACUAUCGGCUUUAUAAGUUAUAAACCAAAUGAAUCAAUGACUGUUGCCCAUUUACUUCAUAAUUCUCUGAGAUUCUGGA